AUGACUACUAAUACUUUGAAUUCCACAAAAGUUCCAGGCAAUCAGCCGCUUAAGUUAGAUGUAAAAAAACUUGUCAUUGAUUUUUAUGAAAGCGAAGAAAACUCAAAACAAUUAGCGGGCAUGAAAGAUUUUAAAUCUGUGAAGGAUUGUGAUGGAAAUCGAACUAGGGUACAAAAAAAGUUGAUUCUUUGUAAUUUAAAAGAAUUGUACCAAAGCUUCAAAGCGCAAUAUAAUUCAGUGGCAAUCGGAUUUUCUAAAUUCGCUAGUUUGAGGCCUACUUAUUGUAUUCUUGCUGGAAGUAGUGGUACACACGUCGUAUGUGUUUGUACUAUUCAUCAAAAUGUAAAAUUGAUGUUAGAAGGAUGUAAUUUUCCAAAAUUUGCGAAAAACACCGAUUGGGUUGUAGAAUCUCAGCCAAUUUACAAAAAUUUAUUAAAUAAAUUAGUUUGUAACAAUCCAAAAAAAUCGUGCUUUCCCAGAAUGUGCAAUAGUUGUCCAAAUAAUGAAGAAAUCGCUGAUUAUUUUCGUGUGUCGUUUAAUGAAUCUGAUGUUAAUGAAAUCCAAUAUAAAAUGUGGACAUCAACAGACCGUUGUACUAUUGUGAAUGUUACUUCAGAUUCCGAAGACUUCAUCGAGACUUUAGUGACGCAACUUGAUAAGCUUUUGAAACAUGAUUUUAUUGCGAAAACACAAAGUCGAUUUUUUUCUGAUACAAAACUAAAUUUAAAAAGCGGGGAAUUCGCCGUAGUAUUUGACUUUGCGGAAAAUUAUGCAUUCGUUGUGCAAGAAGCAGCUCAAGGCUUUCAUUGGAAUAAUGAUCAAGCUACUAUAUUUCCAAUGAUUGUCUUAAGCACGACACAGUUUUAA